AUGGCGUCUCCCGACUCGUUCCUCGAUAUUGAGCAGCGGAAUCGCCUUCCAACGCUUUUCGAGGUCCUCAGCCGUCGCACCCUGGCUCCGGUCGAUCUCUUCUCGUUCUACAUUUACAUGCGCGACCAGCAACGCUCUGUGGACUACCUGGAUUUCUGGCUCGAUGUCUCCCAACACAUGUCCCUCUGCCGCCACUAUGUCCGAGAGCUUCGCCGUUCCGUUCUUGUCGCGACACCAGACAUGGAGAGAGCCGACAGCAAGCGCUCCUCUGCCAUGCUAGAGAAUCUGGAAAAUUUGGGCGACAUUCCGCUGGUGGAGGCUGGUCCUUCCCGUCUGCACCAUAAUGAAAAGAACCGCGAUGCCGACCACCGUUUGUCGGCUUUCCUGCGCUCCGAAGGCCACACUUCCUCGCACUCUCCUCAAAACAGUAUCGGCUCUCAGCAGUCUGCCCAGCGCACCCCCUCCAAUGAUUACCGGCCCAGUACCGGCAACGGAAAUGGCGGCGAUUCCAACUCUCCCGGACACACCGUGGGCCGCCAUGACAUUCGCGCCAGCGCUGAGAAGAUCCUCUACACCUACCUGCUCCCGGGCUCCGAGCGAGAGAUCGUCCUACCCGAGACCAUGAUCUCAACGUGUAUCAACUUGAUUGAGGAUGAUGGCCGUGACGACCCCGAGGUGUUUGACCCCGCGAAAGACUAUGUGUUCCAGGCCAUGGAGCGUGAUGCCUUCCCCGGAUUCUUGCAGGCCAAGGCUCUGGGUAACCUGGUGCCUCUGAGCAUCCUCGCCCGUCUCGCCUUUGCUCUGAUCAGCUUCGGCGGAGGCUUUUGGGGUGCUUUUUAUGUCGUUCUGCGCGACAAGCCUCGCCACAUCCGCUGCUGGGUCAUUCUCCCAUUCGCGGUCGCGGCGUACUUCAUCGUCUCCUACCAGUACCGCAUUGACCCCGUCAUGGCAUUCCUCGGCUACAGCGAGUACACAUUUAUGAACUGGGGUCUGAUCCGUGAGCCCUAUGUCCGCAAGCUCUUGAACAAGCGCGCGGUGGUCACCGCUUUUGUCUCGUUCCUGACUGCUGCUGCUUUGAGCAUCUUGUUCAUUUUCGUGCCUGGCACUAUGCUGUGA